AAGUCCCAGAGCUCCCACUAGAGCCCACCGCACAGGCUCAGAGCCCAUAUGCCAGGAGGGGGUGACUACAUUGUGUCUAUUGUAUGUUUUUUCUUUUUUUCCCCCUGGCAUUUUGUACAUUCCACGGGAGGUUUAAAUCGGGAGUGAAGAGCAUGGCAGAUGAGCAAGAAAUUAUGUGUAAACUCGAGAGCAUCAAGGAGAUCAGGAAUAAGACUUUGCAGAUGGAAAAAAUAAAGGCACGACUGAAAGCAGAAUUUGAAGCCCUGGAGUCUGAGGAGAGGCACCUGAAAGAAUACAAGCAGGAAAUGGACCUGCUGCUGCAAGAGAAGAUGGCCCACGUGGAGGAGCUGCGGCUGAUCCAUGCUGAUAUUAAUGUGAUGGAGAAUACUAUCAAGCAGUCUGAGAACGACCUCAACAAGCUCCUGGAAUCUACUCGUCGCCUGCAUGAGGAGUACAAACCCCUGAAGGAGCACGUAGAUGCUUUGCGGAUGACUCUGGGAUUGCAGAGGCUGCCAGAUCUAUGUGAGGAGGAAGAGAAACUGUCCCUUGACUACUUUGAAAAGCAGAAGGCGGAAUGGCAGACAGAACCACAGGAGCCUCCCAUCCCAGAGUCUCUGGCUGCAGCUGCAGCAGCUGCCCAGCAGCUGCAAGUGGCCAGGAAACAAGAUACCAGACAGACAGCAACUUUCAGACAACAGCCACCUCCAAUGAAGGCGUGUUUAUCGUGUCACCAACAAAUUCAUCGGAACGCACCCAUCUGCCCACUCUGCAAAGCAAAGAGCCGAUCUCGGAAUCCCAAAAAGCCCAAGAGGAAACAGGAUGAAUGAAACCCAGAAGACUGACAAGCAAACACAUGACCCAUUCCAGUACCCUUCCAGUAGAACUGCAGAUGUGGCCAGACUUUACUGACGUGCAGACUCAAGUAUGACCGACCCCUUGUUUUCUAUUUAAUGCAAUGUAAGCACAAUGUUCCUAUUCUGUCUUAAUUUCCUUCCAGUCCUUAGGAUUUGGGUUUAGGAAAGUAAGUAUUACUGGUGCUACAGUUUAACAUUUCAACCAUUCCAUCUUUUGGACUCCUAAACAAAGUAGAAUUCUUAUGCAAGUACCCCAAAUGCAAGGCUAUUCCUAUUGGCCAGAUGUGAUUACCACAGAUGCUUUUAUGUUCUCUUUUUAAAAACAAGUGUUACUAAAAGAUUGAGACUAUUUGAAGUGCUGAAAUAACCAUCUAUUUGUUUCACUAAAGAACAAGUUGUUUUCCAAGCUAGUAAGACCAUAGGUUUGGGCAUCCAGUAGAGCUCUUUUUAUACAGGAAAUGUUCAGGAGAAAAAAGAAAUUGGUUAUAAAGGAAAUCAGUGCAUUAAGGACACAUGUGAGUUUUGAUUUACUGGAAUUUGACUGUACCAUUCCCUCCAACUUGACUUAAAAUUUGGAAGUGGGAUCAAGUUGCUGGCUGUGUGUGAAAUUCUAAAAUGAUGUAAUUUGUGAUGCUUUAACAUCUUAACAUGGUAUUAUUUUCAGCAGUCAGAAAAGUGAUGAAGAACAAGGCUCAACUGAACUGUAUUAGUGGUCCUUCCAGGCUCUAUGGCCAACCGGCUCACUGUGGUUCUCUAGGAAACAUGUAUGAGAUAUGCCACAUCUCUGUGCACACAGACUGCAACGUCAGCCAUUCUCACAUCUUCUAUUCCUACUUUCCACAGCCAAAAUCUCCCUUGGCAGACAUAUCCUCCACUGGAGCACAGGGAAGUUCAGUAACAUGCACCAGUGACAGUGUCAACUGCCUGGCUUUGGUGCCAUUGUCCUCCCUCAACCAAAGCUUCCUAUUUUUGUGUCUUUAAAUAGGUCAUUUUCAAGAAAGCUUUAUUUCAGCCCAGGUUUUUUUCUUGCUCAGUAUGUGUGCCAAAAGAAUCCUGACUAAAGGACCCUCUAGACCACUGCCUGUAUCCAUGCCUUCCCUUUGUUUCACCUGAUGCAUCGUCAGUUCCUUCAGUGGGGAGGGCGGCAGUGACCCAACUAUAGAACCAGGGCUUGAAAUUCACUCAUUUCUAAUCCCAGUUUUGUCACCACCUUUGUUGUCUAAAUUGAUCUCAAGCAUUAAAUACUCUUUUCACUGACUUCAGGAGGCAGGGACUGCCUGUUCACAUUCUUCUCUCUUUAGCCCAGGUUUUCGUCUACUGUUAUGCUGGAGUGGUUAUACUGAGAACUUUGCCUGAAGAACAGGGAAGCCCCAAGUCUCUGGUCAGAACUUUGGCAAAUCCAAAUCUGUACAAAUCCAGAUAAACCAGUUUUGCUGGGCAAAUCACAUACGUUGCAUUAAUGUCCUAACUCCACCACAAUACACAUGAGUGUUUUAUUGAAUAUAGUCCUAUAAUUCAUGCCAAGUUCAGGUGGUGGUCUCCAAUUUUAAUGUUUCAUAGCCAAAUAAACAUCUGUCAAUAGCAGAGACAUAUUUUCACGUGCCCCUGAAAAUAUGUGAAGAGCAGAUUCUACUGGCUGAAUUACUGGGAUUCAGUCUCUGAGAUAGCAAUAAUGGAGGAUAGUCUGAUCCCAUGCUCCAAGUGGCAGCAGUGUGCUAACUAUCCUUAUACAUGUUUCCUACACAAAUACUGGAUUCUACUUUUAAAUGUCAGAGCAGCCACAUGCUGUGUGCCCUGUUUCAAGCAAUUCCUGUUGAGUUUCAGGGAAAAUGCACACAGAGUUAAAGGACAGCAUAUGGACUCCCCCAAAGUGGAUGCAUGAGAGCAGCAUACUUCAGUAGUCGUACAUAAAUGUAAGAAGUGGUGACAAUGGAGAAUGGGUGAAAGGUCUGCAAUGAAGUUGUGUGAAUAGAGGAUAGAUGUGUAGAGACUUGAACUUACAGUCCUGAAAUAGAUAGGGUUAGUUGUAGCUGCUCUCACUUCACUGUUACUUUGCCAGGUUCUUUCUUUCUUGAGAGAUCUCUAGAGCUCUGAACUGAAGGAUGCACCAUUUACUACUUUAGUAUGGCAAUUUUGUAUUUUUACUUUUUUAAACUAGUCCCUUGUGCCCUCGUGUUUAACAAGGUUUACUUUUUUUUAAAGAAAAAGAUGUGACGAUGACAUAACUGUUUGUAUCAACCAUGUUCUCGUGUUUACAAAUCUGUUUUCACAUCCUUUACCAAGUUCUGCCAUAUGAAUAGCGUGUGUUGCUGAGCAUGAGUCUAACUGAAUAUGAGUCAACAGUUUGCCCUGGCAGCCAAAAGGGUCAACCAUAUCCUAGUGUGCAUUGAGUCGGUUGAGGGAGGUGAUUGUCCCUCUCUGCACUGCACUGGUGCAGCCUCAAGUACUGGGUGCAGUUUUGAACACAUUAAUGUAAGAAGGACAGGAAACUAUUAGAGUGUGUCCAGAGGAAGGAAACCGAGAUGGUGAAGGGUCUCGAGGGCAAGACUUAGGAGGAACUGCUGGUGGUCAGUCACUGGAACAGGCUUCUCAGGGAAGUGGUCACAGCACUGACCUGUCAGAGUUCAAGGAACAUCUGGACAAUGCUCUUAGUCAUAUGGUUUAGUGUUAGCUAAUCCUGCAAGGAGUGGGAUUUGGACUUGAUGAUCCUUAUGUGUCCCUGCCAACUCAGGAUAUUCUGUGAUUCUAACUAUUUCAAGGGCACAAAAUCAGUACUAUGUAUUAAGGGAUUCUGGGGGUAGGGGCAGGGAGGGAAGCAGCUUCUUUCGUAGGGAACCAGUAUUCUCCUUUUCUCUCACAGAUUAAUUAAGGAAGUUUCACCAAGGAACUCUUCUCAUGACAGUCCCAGGCCCUUUUCUCCCAGGCACCUUUCUCAAGAGACUAGAGGAUAAUUGUGAAACAGUGAUUUCUUGUGUUUCAGUCAGGGGAGGAAGGUGUCUGAGGUACAGUCCUUCCCAACACUCUGCAAUUUUGCUCAUGGAGCAACAGUGGCCUCUUCAUUUGUACCUAAGCUUCUUUGCAGAUACUUCUUCACUUAGCUUAAAUUCAUUCUUAUUUGGGUUAAAUUCUCCUAAUAGCCACAAAGAGAACCUUCUCACUUACAAAACUUUUUCUUUACUAAAGUCUGGUUUAACCUUGGUUUUGUGAUUCCCUUUUCAAUGAGUAUUCAAGUGGCAACAAAAUCAAUGGGUUCUUUUGUUAUAGAUGGUUUCCAGGGUCUUUUCCUGGUUCCUCACUUGCCUCAAAGGACAGUCCUGUUGUUUUGCAACCAAAUGGCAAAAAAAAAAAAUCACAAGCCUCUUCCCCUGCCCCCUUGAGCUCAUGCUAAAAGAAUGCCAACACUCUGCUGUGCCUAAAGGCUUUGCUAUAGACAUUUUCAUACCCAGGCUGGGGUAGAUCAGUUGUUCAAACUUUAGUGCCAAGGACCCCAUUAACUAUAAGGAAAAUGUAAGCCAGAUUUUACUACUUGCAUUUCCUGAAUUCAACGUUAGCUUUCUAAACAGGACACUGACUGACUGAACCUGCCAGUGGCUUCAAGUUACAGAACCUACUUUUGAAAGAAAGAAUAGCCAUCGAUGUGUUCCUCUAGUAGCAGACUAUUCAAGAAAUGAAGACUUUAUUAGCACUUUAAAUGAAUAAAAGUGCUUUCCUUUAUUUUACAGCUUUCUCAUUCCUCUGACAUAGGUUUUCAUUUUAGCAUUUAGGUAUUUUAGCAAUAUCUGUUGUUUUCACUGACUUCUGUGUUUUAAAUAUUUCACUCCUGUGCUCAGGAGGAGUAACAGUGGCUACCUGUUUAAGUUGUCUGUACAGUCCUUUUUAAUAAAUGUUUGUUUCAUGUCA